AUGGAGGACAUGCAGCGCUCGCUGGGUGACAGUGUCAUCGUCAGUGAAGCCCGCAUUUUUGACCCGGCCAAUGUCCAGGUGGCCAACUAUGACCAGCUCGUCGUAUCUGAUUUUUCCAACAUCCAGUACCUCGAGGUCACCGACUCAGAAGCAGAAGACGAGUCGGAGUACAAUGACGACGGUGACGAUGCAGAGGAUCGCGAAUACUCCCACACUCCAGCCGUCAACUCUGAAGGCCGCACGGCUCCGACAACUAUUCUGACGCCCGCCCAGAAGCGCAAAAAGGAGAAGCGGAAGUCCAGGAAAGCGAAAACCAAUGCGGACAACAGCAAUGCAGAGGAGGUAAAGUCACCAGCUACCGCUGGCUCCGAAGAGGAUGGCGACGUUGCCACCUCAUCUCCAGCUGGCGCCAAGGCCGCUUCGGAGGACUUCUGGAACCCCAAGAUCAACGCCAAGAAGAAGAACAAGCGGGCCGCCCAGAAGGCCGCCCAGCGCGGCGCGGUUGCUGCUGCGGCUGUUGCAGCCGAUUCGGCGACCGCCAGUAGCAGUGGCACUGCAAGUGGCGUCACAUCGUCGGGCGAAACUGACAAGCCGGCCACCGGCAAGAACAACAAGAACGACAAAUCCGGCGGCAAGAACAGCAAAAAGGACAAAAAUAAAAACAAGAAGAACGGCAAGGGCGCCACAAAAGACGUCAAGGUCGAACCAACAAGUGAGGCCGCCGAGGCGCCCGCCGAAGCCCCCGCCGAAGCAGCUGCUGAAGCACCGGCUGAGGCACCGAAAGAUGCUCUCGAGGCAGAGGAGAACGCAGCCCCCGAAGCCACCACUGAAACUGCUGCUGAGCCUGCUGCUGAGCCUGCUGCUGAGCCUGCUGCUGAGCCUGCUGCUGAGCCUGCUGCUGAGCCUGCUGCUGAGCCUGUUGCUGAACCCGCUGCUGAUCACACCACGGAUGCACCGCCUGCUACGGAAGCACCCAAGUCAGAAGACGUGCCAGUAACUGCACCUGAAACGGAAGUUGCCGAGUCCGAGCUCACACCAGCUGGGGAGGACGUUCCCGCUGCUGCUGCCACCGCUGCUGCUGAAGCUGCACCUGAAGUACCUGAAGCACCUGAAGCCACACCGACCGGUGAGGCUGCUCCUGAGGCUGCUCCUGACUCCACUGCAGACACAUCCGUUGAGGCGCCUGCUGAGGCUCUUGGCGAGACACCCGUGGAAGCAAUAAAGGUGACUGAGGCCGCCACAGACGACACGCCAAAGGAUGAGCAACAAGAGCCGCCAUCGCCCACGCCUUCGGGCAAGCGUGUCCACUUUUCGGACGAUAGCAAGGAAGGCGAUGACGUAGUCAAGGCCAAGGAGGUGACCGAGCCAGCUAAUGAGUCUGCUGAGGCUCCGACUGAGACGCCUGUGGAGACCUCUGCAGAAGCCCCUGCCGAGACUCCCGAGGAGGUCGCCUCUGAGACUCCUACCGAGACUCCGGACGAGGUCCCUACCACAGAGCCGAGAGAGCCUACAGAGACUCCAGCUGAUUCCGCCGCAAAGGCCACCACGGAAGCCACCACGGAAGCCACCGUCGAUUCAGCUCCCGAAAUGGAGAAGGCCGACGAAGCUCCCGUAGAGGCACCCACUAAGGUGGCCGAGGCUGCCGACGUUUCCGCCCCUGAGGUAACGGAAGACAAGGAAGUCGGAAAUUCUCUCGAAGAGGUUGCUCUUGUCGACGGGACUGCAACCACUGAGGAGGAUGUAUCCGCUAAAGAGGUAACACCUUCUGAAGCCGUCGAGAAACCAGACGAUGAUCCUCUUGAAGGUGCUGAGGAGCCCGCAGUGGCACUUGCCGCCACCACUGUUGACGAGGUGACCGAAGCUCCCGAUGAAUCUACCAAGGAGGUCGAGCCCGAGAUCAAGGCUGAGGCACCAGCAGAAGAGCCAGCCUCCAAACCGGCCCCGGAAGUUGAGACCGAUGCCACCGUCGUUGAAGCCGCUCCAGUUGAGACUCCUCCCGUUGAUGCUGGAUCUUCCGACACGUCUGGUAAGGAGGAGGAAAAGGAAGAGAUAGCUGAUGCACCUGCGGCUGAAUCAUCAGAAGGGCCAAAGGCUGAGGAAGUUGAGGCGCCCUCAGCCGCACCCGAGCAGGCUCCUGAGGAGACGGCGGUGGUAAAGACCGAAGAGACGGCCGAGGAGAAAACUGAGACCGUUUCUGAGCCGACACUUGAGCCAGCCUCCGAAACAACCGCCAAAGCUACUGAUGAACCCACCGCCGAGACACCUGCAGAGGAAAACGUUGAUGAAGCAGCUGCUGAACCCGCUGAAAGUCCUGCAGAGGCCGCCGCAGGCGAUGCACCAGUUGAGCCGGCUGCCGCUGCUGGGGCCGAAGAAGCUGAAAAGGCCUCCGAAGCCGCCGCACCGGAAGUUCCUUCUACCGAGGAACCUGCCGAGGCUGGCGCUGACGCAACGCCUGCUGGAGAGGAACCGCCCACUGUUUUGGAAGUGGUUCCUGCUGAGGAUGCUCCCGCUCCAUCGUCUGCGGACAAAGAGAUCAAAGAUGAGCCUGCUGCCGAAGAGGACAAGCCGGAACCUCCUGCCGAGUCUCCUCCUGUGCCCACCUUGGCUGAUGAGCCGGCGGGGCCUGCUGAUUCCGCUCCGGAAGCAGAGACAGACGCUGCUGCGCACGUCUCCUCUGAAGAGUCAUCGGAAGCCCCCGCUGAACUUCCCGCUGAUGUUUCCGCCGAUGUUCCCGCUGAGGAACCCGUCGAAGAGUCUGCAAACGCAUCUUCUGAGGCACCCGUGGAAAAGGAUAUCAAAUUGGCCGCCGCAGAGUCCGACGAACCUGUCGAAUCCGAGUCCAAGCCUGAGGCAGACAAGGUUUCCAAAGAUGAAGACGAGGAGAAGGUCGCGGAGGUUGCUGAACCUGAUUCACCUUCACCUGCCCCUCAGGCGGAGGUUGAGACCGAGACCGCACCUCCUGCCGAAGACAAUGACGCAGACGAUAAGUCCGAGGUUCUUCGUCCUCCUGCUGAAGAGCCGGCCAAGCAAGAGGUUGCCAAGGAAGAAGAGACCGCUACCCUCGGCUCGGCCCCUGAAGCAGUCGUGGAGGCUUCGAAAGAAGGUGACUCCACCGCUGCUGAGGACGCCCCUACCUUAGAAGAGUCGCCAGAGGAGCCAGCAAAAUCAACAGAGACUGCUGAGACAAAUCCAGCUGACGAGCCUGGGAAAGUCGUUGGGGCACCUGUAGAGGCUGACGAGGAAGCAUCCGAGCCAACUGCCCAGGAGCCUAGCCCUGAGACGUCUUCAGCAACUCCCAACGAGCCAGUCGUCGAGCCUACCACUGAGACUAAUACUGAGACUGCUACUGAGGCUGAGGCUGAGGCUGAGGCUGAGGCUGAGGCUGAGGCUGAGGCUGAGGCUGCUCCCGAGCCCGUCGUCAAGCCUUCUGCUGAGCUUGAACCCGAGGAGCCUUCUACAGACAGCAAAGAAGAUGCUGCUGCAGGUGUGGCCGCGGUUGCCGCUGUGGCCACUGCUGCUUCAGUAGCCAUUGCCGUGUCGUCCGAUGUUAAGGACGAGACUUCUAAGGAAGACGAGAAAACAGCCGCCCCCGGUGCUGAAGCAGAAGAGUCCACUUCACCUGCCGAAGAAAUCAAAGAGGUCGAGACUAUCGAGGUUCCUGCGGCCGCCAUUGAAGAAACUGACGCUCCAGCUGAGGCAGCAGCUCAGCCAGAGACAGAUCCCACCAAAGAAGUCGUCGAGGACGAUCCAGAAGCAGACGCGAAGGCUGAAGAGUCGGGCCCCGUGAAGACAUCCGAUGAGGCCACGCCUGAGGAGACAGUAUCUGCUCCUAAACCGGAAGCCGCAGCGGAGGCGACUAAUGAAGUGGGAGCUACCACUCCCGACGAAGCCCUAUCCAAGGCUGCCGAGGAACCUAUCGCAGCUGCUGCCCCUCAAGACGAGGCAACUGCCGCAGAUGGUAUCCCUUCCACGUCUGAGGAGACUCCUGUUGCUGCACCUUCCGAGGAAGAGGCAGUAGACGAGACUCCUAAGGACGAGCUUUCUGUCCCCAAAGAAGCUGCUGCCGAAGAGGCUGUUCCUGAACCUCCUGUUGCCGAGCCUUCCCUUGCCCAACAAACAGCUUCUCCCACCAUCGAAGCUGACGUUGACGUUGAGGACGCUGGCACGCCUGAAGUAUCCCCCGAGGAGCCGGCCGCAGAGUCUGCUCCACCUGCGGAUGCGGAGGACGAGGAGCCUGCGACUGAGAAGGAGGCUGACAAAACACCUGAACCAACGGUCGAGCCCGAAGCUGCUCUCGCUGAUGUAGCCAAGGCCGAAGCCGCUCCCGAGGUUGCCGAGGAAAGCGAGACUGUCAAGGAGGUCGCUGAGGAGUUUCCAGCUGAAGAGUUGACGGAGGAAGUUACUCCCGCACCCGACGCUACGGUCGAGGCCAAGGAUGCCUCUGUCGCUGAUCCUACCGAGACGCUCGCAGAGGAACCAAGUGUGGCUCCUGCUGUAGAGAAGGAGACCGAACGUGUCGAAGAAGACACCAAAGAGCCAGACAACAAGCCGACAUCUGAGCCCAUUGUCGAGGCACCUUCCGAGGAGCCGACGGCGGAGCCGGCUACUGAACCUGAAGCAGUGGAGGAAGCCAAGGAGGUCGAGGCUGAGGAGACACUAGUGGAGACAGCGGUUGCCGAACCUGCAGAAGAGAGCGAAACCGUUGACGAAGCUCCUCCUGCUGAAGAAACUCCUCCUGUUGAAGAAGCCCCUCCUGUUGAAGAAGCUCCUCCUGCUGAAGAAGCUCCUCCUGUUGAAGAAGCUGCUCCUGCUAAAGACGCUUCUGAGUCUCACGAGAAGGAACCAGCUACGGCGUCCGUUCCCGAGACCGAUCCUAAGGUUGAUGUUUCUCCUGCUCCUGCUCCUGUUGAGGACACGCCGGCUGCCGAGGACAAGUCUGUCGAAUCAACUCCUGAGGAUUCGAAGGAGAUUGCUGAAGCGGCACCAGCGGAGCCUCUCGUUGAACUUACCGCCGAGCAAGCCGACGAGUCGCCUGCAGUCCCCGUAGAGGCUGUCGAAGAGCCAGCUGAGGCAGCUCCCGAGCCUGUUAUUGAAGCCACCCCUGAGACCGCUCUUGAGACUACCCUGGAGCCUUCUCAGGAAGUUUCCGAGGAAGUCGCGCCCGCAACCACGGAUGAGUCCGCACCCGCGCCAGCUGUCGAGACUGUCCCUGAGACCGUCCCCGAGGCACAUGCCGAAGCCCCGGCUGAUGUUCCCGCUGAGGCCACUCGUGAGAUUGCCACAGAGGAGCCCGUUGUCGAGGUGGCCCCUGCACCUGCCCCUGCACCUGCUGCUGAGCCGGAAGCUGAAGAAGCAAAAGACACCGUUGCGCCCAUCCCCAUUGUCGUUCCUCCACCGAUCCCCGCCGACACAGACAAGUCAGCCGAUGUUGAGAGAAGAAGAAGACGCCGCAGUUCGAAAGGUGAGUUAGACCCCGAUUCCCACGAUGAUACCCCUGAAAUUGUGCAAGUGAAAGAGGAGGAGGACGAAAAGAAGGACGUGAAAGAGGAGGAAUCAAAAUCAACAGCCGAUGAGAUACAAGAGGAGGCAACGCAAGAGGAGGCACCACAAGAGGAGGCCAAAGAGGAUCAGGAGGAAACGCAGCUGAAGGAGGAGGCGAUUGAUUCUGGCAUUGCGCAGCCAUCAGAAGUCGACAACACACACAGACAAGAAGAGUUGGAGCCGCAGGUGACGGAAGAGGUACAGGAGGAAGAGAUGAAGGAGGCAGAUGCACCUGUUGUUGAGGAUGAGAAAGGAGUGGAGAAGGACGAGCCGGUGGUGGAAGAGGAGAAGCCUGCCAUUCCUGCCGCGACAGAAGAAGUGGAACCACAUCAUGAACCGUCCACUUCUCAACUGGCAGCCGUCGGCGGCGGCAUUGCAGCAGCCGCUGUUGCUUCGAUUGCCGCGGCCCACAAGAUGUCAUCGAACGAGACAACACCUGCCGAAGACAGUUCCUCCAAGGAAGCGACAGUGGUCGAGGCCGACGCCGACGCUGAACCAACUGAACCAACUCCCGCCCAAGCACCAGAGGCCAUUGAGGAAGGGAACUCUGCCCCUUCACACGACAGUGUCGACGCCUCUGAGGAGCCCACGGCUGAGCAGGCCCGUCUUCUGAUAAGAGAUGCCUCCCCAGUGACCGCCCUCAGUGAAGGGGCCGAUGUCGAUGCCGCCGAACCGAUCAUUGGCGAGGCCGUUACUACUGAACCUGUCGAAACCGCUGUCACUGAGCCCGCGGACGUUGAGGCUACCUCUGUCAAUGCUACCGUCGCUGACUUCGAGACACUUGCCCAAGUCAACAACACUGUGACCUCUGAGGUCGCUGCAGCCGAGGAGCCCGCUGAGAUUGAGUCGGCUGAGGCAAAGGUCGAGGCACAGCCAGAAGCCGCCGAAGCCGCCGAAGCCGCCGAAGCCGCCGAUGAAGACAACUCUGCCCCCAAAGAAGCGUCUGAGCACGAAAAGCCAGCGGAGAUUGCAAAAGAAUCAGAAAAUAAAGCGGUCGCAUCAGAGCCACUUGUCUCUGAGCCAGUUGCCAAAGCACCAGACAUCAAGCCGGACGCCGACGAGGGGAACGCUGCUCCUACCGAGUCUACCACUAAGCCGACUACUAAGACAUCCACUGUGGUUCCCGCCGAGACAAACGCAGAGAUCAUCGCCGAGGAGCCUUCGGAAGCCCUCGUUGAAAAAUCUCCAACUGAGGCCGUAGAUGAUGACGAGACCAUCCCGGCUGAGACUACAGCGGAUGCUGUCGCCGAGGCGCCGGCUGAGAUUCCAGACAGUGCUCCUGUUGAAGCCUCCGUCGAAGCUGCCGCUGAGACUCCAAUCGAGGCCGCUGUUGAAGUCUCCAGCAACACAGUUGAAGUCCCUCUCGAGCCUGUGGAAAAGACAGAAAAGGUCGCCGAGGAGAUAACUUCCGAAGCUCCUGCUGAAGCUGUGGAAGAAGCUCCUGCUGAAGCCGUUGAAGAAGCUCCUGCUGAAGCCGUUGAAGAAGCUCUUGCUGAUGCUCCUGUCGAUGUCACUACUGAAGUUCCUGCUGAGGCUACGGCUGAGGCUCCCGUCGAGAUUCCUGACGAGGUUGUUGCUGAGGCUCCUGUUCGAGUCGCCAUCGAGGAGGUCCCAAGUGAUGAAGCUCAGGCCGAGACCACAGACAAGACAAAGAAGACGGAAGAGGCAGUCGAAAAAUUGACACCGGAGCCUGCCGUCCAACCUAUCACUGAGCUUGUCGCCGAGGUACCUGUUGACUCUGUUGCUGAGGCUACAACUGACGUCCAUGCCGAGCCCGAGCUGCAUGCCGAAUCCCGCGAAGUCCCAAAUGUCUCCGAAGCAGAGCCUCUCUCGGACGUGCCGACAGCAGAGGUUCAAUCUUCUCUGAUGGAGACAGUUCCAACCGAGACUCAAGAAGCCUCUCAUGCCACCGAGGCUGCCCUCAUCCCCAGGCAGGUCGCUGCCACAGUCGAAGCUCCCCUCUCAGAACAAGCUACUAUCACGGAACUUCCGUCUUCUCCAGAAGUCCCAGAAGUCGCUGUUGCAGGGGUUGCCAUAUCUCAAGACGAUGUCGAGUCUACUAUGGUUGAAGCCCCGAAAGCCGCUCCAGAGCCUGUUACUGCGGGUGCUACGGAAGCUCCUGUUGAGCCCACGCCAGUAGAGACAGAAGCUCCUGCUCUAGAACCGGCAACUGAAGAAUUGGCUGAGUCCUCCGUCGUGGAAGACACCCAAGUAUCUGAGGAGGUGGCACCCACUGUUGAACCGGCUGUUGGGCCACCUACUGAAGAGGCUCUGCCAGCCGUUGCAGCAGCCGAGACCAAGGACUUCUCUCCCACCGACUCGGCUGAGCCCAAGCUGGUCGAGAAGACGAUUGAGGAGACCGUCCCAGUCGAGGCGGAGAGUGUAGAGCCAGGCCCAACUGCCGUCAAGUCCGAUUGGCCCGAUGAUACCGCCGAGAUUGCUUCUGCAGAAGUGGUUUCAGUAGAAGCAGUUCCUGCCGAGGCGGUCUCGGUCGAAGAAACUAAAGUCGAGGACGGCACUGUCGCAAAGACUGUCACUGAGGAGUCUUCCGCCAAUGUUGUCGAGGAACCUACCGAGGCCGCCGAAAAGGCUCCUGCUGAAUCAGUGCCAGUCCAGUCUACUCCUACAGAGGCUCCUGCCGAGCCGUCUUCUGAGGAAGCUCCGUCUAAGUCUGUUACCUCUGAUGAAUCGCUUAUCGAAAUCAUUGCCGACGACCCAGUCGAGACAGUUCCGGCCGAUGCCACUGAGCCGCCAACAACGGUCGUUGAAGAUUCCGAGAUAACCCCAGCCGAGCCAGCCGUCGAGAGCGAGGUGCUUACCACUACUCACGAUGCCCAACCGCCAACAGCAGAGGUGGAUGUUCCAGUCGCCGAGGAGCCUGUCGCCGAGGAGACGUUCAAGGAAGUCCACGAGUCUUCAGAGCCACACGAAGAGGCCACCGAGUUAGACACCAAGCCAGCCACAGAUCUGAUUGUUGAAUCCGUGGCCAAGUCCAUCACGGGGCCAGCAGUUGAGCCAGCAGUUGAGCCAGCAGUUGAGCCCACCGUUGAACCCAACACUGAGCCCGUUGCAGAGCCCAUUCCUGAGCCACAAUCGACUUCCACAGAAAACCCCAUCACACCCGCGACAAGAGACAUUCAGUUGCCGACCAAUGAAACGGGUGCCCUCGCCACCGCCCAACCCACAGCAUCGACAUUUUCAGCAGCGUCGCCCAAGGAUGUUCUCCCGCAUGUCGCCGCGGCUGCAGUCACCGUGGCCGCCGUGGCCAACAUUGUGGCAGUAGAAGGUGAUGUCGGCGAAGACGAGGGGGUCAAGGAGGACACAAAAGAAGCCAUGGACACCACCGCGCUUGCAACGAAGUCGGAUCCAACCACUGCUGACACUGAACCCUCUACAACUAGCUUGGACCGAUCCGACGAUGAUGCACACGAAUCUACACAUGUUGUGGACACAGCUCUUGCACCUCUGGAUGAUGACCAAAUUCAUGGGACGAGCGGUGAAGUUCUUGCUGCGCCGGGUGUUUCUGAAGCUGAAACGGUGAUUUCUGAGCAGGUUGUGACAGAAGAGGAGGAAGAGGAGAAAGAUGAGAAGGUGGAACAGCAUGAGGAGGCAGAUGAGCAGGCAGUUCACCAGGAAGUGCAAAAGGUGGCUGACGAGUCUCUCACCACUGAGAAGACACCAGCUGAGCCCGAAACGAUCCGCGACAUCGUCGAGGAACCAACACAAGAGGCAGUGCCCGAGACAGCACCAAAAACAGCAGUCGACGCUCCUCUUUCGACUCCGGAAAUCGAGGCUGAGCCACCCAUAGCCGAUCCUGUCAAGGACUCUCCCACGCAUGAGCCUGAAGAUGUGCCUGAGGAUACAGCUACUGAGGUCCCAGGUUCUGAGCGAGAAGUAUUCGACGCUGCUCCUGUUCCCGAGGCUGCUGACCAUCUUGUCGUCAAGCCUGUCGUCGAGCCUCUCGAGACUGUUGUCAAGCCUGCUGUUGAGACCGUCGGUGAGCCUCUCGAGACCGUUACUCAACUAGACGAUGAGCCAGUCGCUAAGCCAGUCGCUGAGCCACUGGUUUCAGAGGCUGUUCCUGAAAGCGACGCUACUGUCGAGCCAGUUGUGGAGCAUGUCACCGAGCCCGUCAUCGGGCCGUCUGCAGAGCCUACAGAGGUUUCUCGAGAGCCUCUUGACGCACCAGAACUUCCAGAGGCUGUUCUUGAAUCCGAACCGUCUGCUGAACCUGUCGUUGAGCUUGCUGCAGAGCCUGUCGUCGAACGUGCAGAGACCCCUCCUGAGGCGGUUGCUGAGCCCGAAGUUUCUGAAGCCGUCCCUGAGCCAGAGACUUCUGUCGAUCCUGUUGUGGAGUCUUCCGGUGAACGCGUCAAAGGGCUUGUCGUCGGGUCCGAGGAUGUCCCUGAGCCCGAAUUGGCUGCUGAUGAGCAUUUUGAAGAAUCCGCGGAGACUGUUCGCGACCCAAUUCUUGAGCCGGUUUCUGAGUCGAUUUCUGAGCCGGGUUCUGAGCCGGGUUCUGAGCCAGUUGUUGAGGCGGUGGAGGCUUCUGAUCCGGCAGAGACGGCCGAGCCAGUUCCUGAAUUUCCUGUUCAACCUACUACGGAACAGGAGGAUGAGACAAAUGAGACAUCUGAACUCGCCUCGGAGACAGCGGUCGAUACCUUGGGAGAACCGACAGAAGUUUCCGCCGAGCCUACUCUCGGGCCUGUUCUCGAACCCGCUGCUGAGCCUCCCGUGAAUCCCGUUGAUGUGCCGGUCAUACACAAUGUUGAGGCUACUGCCGAGCCGGUUCCCAAGGCUGAUGAGACUGUCGUUGAACCUUCGCUUCAAGUGUCUGCUCCUGAGCCAGCUGUCGAAGCUCCCUCUGAUAUUGUGACCGAUGCCCAUGGUGCGGUCACCGAGAAAGGGGUCGACCCGACGCCUGAGCCCGAAACGGUUCUUGACGCCACACCAUUCACCUCUCCGACCCGCGACAUUGAAGAGCCAGCAGCAGCGGAAGCUGUAGUCGAGGAGAGCACAAAACCUACGACCGAGCCCGUACCAAACGCCACGGAAGACGCUGAGGCAAACAGUGCUGAGCCACAAGAUAAGAUCGACGCCAACGAUGACAUAGUCUCUUCCUCUGAGGCCGUACCUGAGGUCACCGCCGAAUUGGCUCCGGCAGAAGCAUCCGUUGAGACUGCUCUUGAGGCACCUAUCGAGGCAACAAUCGAGGUUCCUGUCGAAGGUCAUGUCGAGACCGCCGUUGAGACCCCUGGUGAGGCCCUAAUCGCCGUUGAGAAAGACAUUUUAGUACCUGUCGAAGGGCCUACUGAGCCCUCUGAGGAUGUCAAUUCGCCUGCCGAAGCUGCUGCCGACCUAUCAACCGGUGUUCUUGUUCAAGAUCGUAUGGCUACCUUUGAAGUUCCCGCUGAAGUCCCGGCUGAGACUGCGGCUGAGGACGAGGUGCGACAGGAAGUCCAUGACACCCCUCAACAAGAAGCUGAAGAAAUGACUAUGGGUGAUAGUUCUAUUGUCGAGGCUGAAGAUGUCGAACCAGGUUCAGUCAGCGAGCCGAUCAAAGAGCUCAAUGCUAAUGACGCACCUGCUAUCGACGAGCCUACGGAGGAGAGUGCCAGUCAAGAACCCACCGUCUCUAACGAGUCCGACAAGCCAGAAGAAGUCACUGCAACGAGCAGCACUCAAGAGACUUCUGCCCUCCACUCGUCAGAAAUCAUUGUGCCUCUUCCUACGGAAAACAGUGUCCUGAGCCUUCCUGAUGACAAUCCUCCGGCCGCCGCGGAAGAGGUAGCUGAAGACACCAUGGAUGUACCGACUGCUAAUGACACCUUUGACGAGGACUACGUCAUUGUCGACUCCGCGCCAACCGCCGAGGACCAGCCGAGCAAGCUGCAUGACACUGACAAAGAGCCUGCUGAUUCAUCGGAGGAGAAGACAGCCAUUGAGGAUCCAACUGCUACGGAAUCUUCUACUAGGGAAUCUGCUGCCAAAGCCGCUGCUGUCGAGGACUCUAUCGAGGAGCCUGAUGCCGAAGAGCCUGCUGUUCAAGAGCCUGCUGUUGAGGAGCCUGCUGUUGAGGGGCUUGCUGUUGAAGAGUCUGCUACGGAACAGUCUCCUGUCUUUGAGGAAACAGCCGCUGCAGAGACAAAAGCACCAGUCAAAGAAAAGCCCUCCGCUGCCACCGCCGACCCUGGCCUUCUCGCCGCUGCUGGUAUUACGGCUGCCGUUUCUCUUGCCGGUGGUGCUACUGUUCUUGCACAGAGGGCCGACAAAGACGUAGAGAAGGAAGCCGAGCAGCCAACUAGCAUCACAGACUCCACACCAGAGCUUGUCGAGGAGGUCCUAUCUCAAGAACACACACAGCCUGUCGCGUCCCCGGACGAAGAGCCCAUAAUCUUGUCGCGUGAGGUGGAGCCACCUGUCGAUUCGGCCAAGAGCAAUGAUGAGGCUACCUCCGCUGCAGAUGCUGUUGUUCCCGAGCCAGCUACUGGAGCUCCCGCUCCUGUUGAGAUUGCUUCUGCUGAGGCCUUGCUUGUCGGAGAGGAUGCUGUCCUCAAAACUGCGCCCGAUGUUGAUUCAGAAGUUCCAAUCGACCCUGCUGAGGUUGCUCAUAUCGAGACCGCUUCCGUGGACGCAUCUCCUGUCGAACCUGAAGCUGGUCCAUCAACUCCUCUCACCCCCGACUCCAAGGUGGAUGAGGCUCCAGUUGCUCUGAACAGUGACAAAGACAAGAAGGAAGAGGCUUCUAUCACCGUCACGGCACUGCCGACAUCAGACCUGAGCCACUUCUCCGAAGUCAGUCACGCCGUUGGAUUGCAACAGGUCGUGGCCACGGUCGAGAUUCUCCCAGAGCAGUUGAGCCCCAUUGUUGAGACGCCUCAAGUGGUGUCCAAGGAAGUCACGGCAGAGGUGACGGCAGCCGCCAAGGAUGCUCCCGCUCCCAUCGCACAAGAAGAGUCGUUUGAGCACAUCACUGCCCCUGAGACUGUAAUCGAGACUGUACCGGAGUCUCAUCCAACAGAAACUCCUGAAUCUUCUGCUCCUAUCCAGAACCCCGCAGAAGAGGACUCGCAUCUCAAGGAGAAGAUUGCCGCCGCGGCUGUCGGUGCUGCUGCACUUUUGAGCGGCGCUGGCCUUGUCGGCUACACUCAUGCCGAAUCCGCCAGCAAAUCCAAGGACAGCAGCAGCCACGAGCGUGACGUCGAAGAGCUCGAAAAGCUGGCGGCCCUUGCCCCGUCACCCGUCCCACCCGAAAUGCUCUCAUCGGGUGAGCUUGUCAAUGCCGCCGAACCGGAGGCUGACGUUCGUUCCAUUUCAUCGGGAAUCGGUGCCUCGCAGGUGCUGGACGAGAAAGCACCCCUGACUGAGUCGUUUACCGUCGUGGACCAGCUGCCCAAAAAGGGACCCAAGGUCGAGUUCCUGCCACCCCGUGCAUCAUUGUCUUCGCUCGCAGUGCGUCCGGGCGUCAGCUCGGAGCUGUUGCGGGCCCCGACGCCGGCGGUGGUCAUUCCGGACCUGGAGGAUAAGCAAGUCAAGGAGCUUGGACGUGUCCGCAGCAUCAAGAAGCGGCAGAAGCAAGUAAUUCGCGAUACAGAGGACACAGUGGCGGCAGCAGUGGUGAUAUAUGCGACAGCAGAGGUGUUGAGCCGGCCCGGAUCGCCGACGUUGAAGUCGUUGGAUGUGCCAACAAAAGUGGAGGGGAAACAGGUAGAAGACAAUAAUGUAGAGCGGGGACAAAAGAGUGUCCGGGAUGGCGAAAGCGAGGUUGUGCCUCUUGUUUUGGAUUCUGGAGUGGGAGAAAAGGGAGAAGAUGGCCAAACGGAGAUUGGACGAAAGGAUGGAACGGAUGGAACGGAUGGAAAUGGAUAUACACAGACACACGAGAGAGCAUUGCGCGAUUCUGUGGCUGACCUCUUUGCAGACGAGAAGCUGACGGAGUCGUCCGCCGACUACAACGCCACCCGGUCGUCCCGGUCGCGCGGCGGCGAACACCACUCGUCGCGGUCCAGCCGCGAUGCGAGCAAGGAGGCCACCUCGAGCAGUCGUCAUCGGCACCGCAGCCACCAUGACACCGGUGGACGUUCUCCCCCGGAGCGCGAACGCUCGCAGCCGACCACACCCCGGCGCCAGGAUAGCGGGUUCUCGGUGCAGAGCGGACACAGCGGCGGCAGCGGUGGUCGUGAGAGCAGUGGCCGCGAUGGUGCUGGGCACAGCUCGAGCAACUCCUCGCCGCGUAAGUCGUACCGUUCCUCGCGCGACCGCGACGACAAGGAUCGCAGCCGUGUCGAACAGGACGCCGAAGACCGGUACCGAGCCGAGCGACGCGCUGCGCGGCAUGCCCGAGAUGCGCACGAGAAGCUUGCAGCCGCAGCCACAAUGCCCGGGGGCAGCAGCAAAGGUAAAGAGGAUGAUACCGAGAGGCUGCGUGAUCGAGAGCGCGACCGGGACCGAGACCGAGACCGAGACCGCUACCGUGAAGGCGAUCGCGACCGCGAACGGCGCAGUUCGCGCCGCCACUCCGGCCAGCACAGCAGCUCCCGACCGACGACAGCUGAUGUUGGAUCUGCCCGUGUUCCGAGUGCCUCUGCAGCACCAAAGUUCUUUGACGUCAAACAUGCGGCCAGCACCGUGGAGCCCAACUUUGGCUUGCACGAUGGUAACGCCCCUCAAAGCAUCGACAACACUGCCAGCACAGCCAGCCCAGACACUGCCCCAGCACCAGCACCAGCACAAGCACCCACCCAAGUCCCGUCCUCACCGUCUGCACCACCUGCUCCACCCAUCAGCACUACUUCACGAGACAAGGAGAGACGCGAGUCAAAAGAGUAUCGCCGCAGCAGCGACCGGAGAGUGCAGGGAGACAGGGAACGAACUGAAGCACAGACAGAAGCACAGACAAAAGCACCGUCCAGUUCUGACAGACACGACCCUCUUCCCAAGCGCUCAAGUACAACCCGCUCUCGCUAUGGCUCAAGCAGACGCUCCGAAGAAGCGGCCGCCGUCGACCCAGCAUCGACGACAACGAAGACGGCAUCGACAGCGAUACCAGCAGUUUCGACCUCGGCCUCGUCGCCGUCCCGGAUGCGCCCCCAAAAGCAGCACUCGCAGCAUGAGCCGUCCUCGUCGUCCCGCGACAAGGACAACGGCAAGCACUACAGCCACGGUCACAGUCACGGUCACGGUCACGGCCAUCGUCAUCGUCGCCAGAGCGCUGACGUCGGUCGCAGCUCCUACUCGAAGGAGACACCACGAACAGUGCCUCCCUUGGACCGGGAGGCGACCGAGUCCAAGGAUCAACCAGUAGCCCCGGAUGUUACGGCAGCAGAGGCGACAGCAUCGUCGUCGUCCAACCGGCCCGGUGCGCACGGUGCGGCGGCCGCCGUGGUGGACGGGAAGCACCGCCAAGAUCGGCAGGAAAAGCGAGACAAGGCCAAGUCGGGCGAGGAUAAGAGACGUAGUCUGCGGGCCAUGUUCAAAAAGUUUCUUUCCACGAAGGACUAG